ACGGAGGCGGGGGCUGCGGGAAGAUGGCGGCGCGGCCGCGGAGGCAUCGCUCGUGCUAUCCAAGGCAGUCGCGGCGUGACUUUUGUGAUGGCCCUAAGAAGGCGACUGACGAAACUUCUCUUACGACUUCCAUGGAGUGGGACACGCAGGUGGUGAAGGGGUCUUCGCCGCUUGGCCCCGCUGGGCUCGGGCCGGAGGAGCCCCCAGCGGCCCCGCGGCUGCCAUGGUGGCUGCAGCCCGAGAGGUGCGCCGUGUUCCAGUGUGCGCAUUGCUACGCUGUGCUCGCCGACUCGGUGCACCUCGCAUGGGACUUGUCGCGGUCCCUUGGAGCCGUGGCCUUCUCCAGAGUCACAAAUAACGUAGUUUUGGAAGCUCCUUUCCUAGUUGGCAUUGAAGGUUCGCUCAAAGGCAGCACUUACAACCUUUUAUUCUGUAGUUCCUGUGUGAUUCCCAUUGGUUUCCAUUUGUAUUCUACCCAUGCUGCCCUGGCUGCCUUGAGAGGUCACUUUUGCCUUUCCAGUGACAAAAUGGUAUGCUACCUCUUAAAAACAAAAGCCAUAGUCAAUGCAAGUGAGAUGGAUAUUCACAACCUACCCCUACCAGAAAAGGUUGCAGAGCUGAAAGAGAAGAUCAUGUUAAUGCAUACUCGCUUAAAUUCACUGAUGAAGAUUCUGAAGAAAGUGACUCCUGACCAGUCCAAGCCAGUAGAUUGAUCCAGAAUCAAAGCUUGAGUGUCAGGGUCAGGCCUUAUUGCUGUCCUCAACAUCAGGUGAUAAAGCCAAGUGGUGGUAUACAGAGAAAUUAACAUGGUUCAGAUGUAGCUAGCAAAAUAGCAGAUUCUUUCCAUUGUACACUGCAUAGAGGAUAUUUUCCUUUAAAAAUAUUUUAAGCUGUCCAGAGAUCCCUGGUGGCUCAGCAGGUUAAGGAUCUGGCCUUAUCACUGCUGUGGCUUAGGUUGCUGCUGCAGCACAGGUUGGAUUCCCUAGCCUGGGAACUUCUGUAUGCUGUGGGCCAAAAUUUUUUUUUUUUUCUUUUCAGGCUUUUUAGGGCCACACCUGUGGCACAUGGAGGUUCCUAGGCCAGGGGUCCAAUUGGAGCUGUAGCCACCAGCCUACACUGCAGCCAUAGAAACACAGGAUCCGAGCCACAUCUGCAACCUACAUCUCAGCUCACAGCAAUGCUGGAUCCUUAUUAACCUGCUAAGCAAGGCCAGGGAUAGAACCUGUGUCCUCGUGGAUACUGAUCAGUUUCGUUAACUGCUGAGCCACCACGAGAACGCCCUGAUUUUUUUUUUUUUUAAACUGGAAAGAAUUCUGACUUGAUGCAAAAUUUGGCUCUUUAAGUUAAGGGCGCUUGAAGCCUGAGGAGCUCUUACUUUCUACUCUUAAAGAAUAAGACUUAAUAAUACUAUACUGAAUCAUCCUGGGGUUUUGAAUUGUGUGUAGGUAUGUCUACCUCAACAUUUUCUUUAUCUAAAUGAAAAAGGUGUUCUUAUGUAGCUAUUUUCUUUAAUGUCUGCCUUUGCUGUUUUGGUAGACUUUCAACAGCAAAUUAAAUUCUUGAACUUGACAUCAAAUUAAGCUGGUUAGUUUUAAACAGCUUUUUGUUUGCCCAAAUACAAAUUACAUGUUUACUCUAGGAAAAAAAAUUCAGAUAUAGAUUGUGACAAAAUAAUGGGUAAAAUAUACUCCCCCUUACAUUUUUGAGAGGCAAAAUAUAGCAUGCUGGGAAGUGAGCAGCUUCUGGAGCCAGAUGAUUUGGAUUCACAUUAUGACUUGGUUACUUAUUAGCCAUGAAUUUGAAGAAUUAAAACUCUUCUUGUAAAAUAGAGAUUUAAAAACUAGGGCUAUAGUAAGGAUUAAACCAGUUAAUGAAUACAUCUAAUGUACUUAAGACUAAUGCUUAGCACAUAAUAAGCACUCAAUAAAUGCUAAUUAUAACCUUCAUGCAUGUAGACAGAUACACAGAGACAUUUAAAAAGGGCAAUUAUAAGAGUUCCUGUCGUGGUGCAGUGGUUAACAAAUCCGACUAGGAACCAUGAGGUUGCGGGUUCAAUCCUUGCCCUUGCUCAGUGGGUUAAGGAUCCGGCAUUCUGUGGUGUAGGUCGCAGGUCUCAGAUGCGGAUCCGGCGUUGCUGUGGCUCUCUGGUGUAGGCCAGUGGCUACAACUCUGGUUAGACCCCUAGCCUGGGAACCUCCAUAUGCUGUGAAUGCGGCCCUAGAAAAGGCAAAAAGACAAAAAAAAAAAAGGCAAUUAUAUAUUUUCACAUUAUUCUGCAACCUGCUCCCCACACAAUAAACACCAUGGAUAGCCUUCUGUAUCAGGCCUCACAAACAUCUACAAACGACUCAAUCGUAUGAACAUAUCAGAAUUUUAAUUAAUUAAACAUAAAAGCUUCUUAAAUGUUUUACAAAUUUCAAUAGGAAGGAUUAUCUGCGAUAGCUGUAUCAUUGUUACUAUUUUUUGCUUUUUAGGGCUGCACUUGCAGCAUAUGGAAGUUCCCAGGCUAGGGGUCAAAUCUGAGCUACAGCUGCUGACCUACACCACAGCCACAGCAACAUGGGAUCCUUAACCCACUGGGCAAGGCCAAGGAUUGAAUCAUGGAUCCUAGCCAGGUUACCACUGAGCCUCUAUUGGAACUUCGGUUGUAUCAUUGAACUUAGCUGGCUAUUUCCUUAGCAGAAACUAAACAUUUGCCCCUAGACCUAGCAUAAUGUUGGCCCUAAAGGUAAAAAGGAAUGGUGUAAAUUUAAAUGGGAUGUCUCUUUAUUCAUAUGGUUUCCUGUUUUCUCCUUGGACUACACCAGAAACUCUCACAGUUUGCUAUCAAGAAACCCAGGUCCUUUUCUCUUUUUUUGACAUCUAGAGCCUACUUUAGCACAGGUCUGUGGAUAGGUUCCUUCUUCCACUUCCAUAAUCACUUCAUUAUUAGAAAUCGCCCAUUACAAGUAACAACACAGUGAAUUUUCAGUGCAUUCUCAGCCCAUGCUGCUUUAUUGCCAAAAUAUAUAUGUACACAGGUGCAGAGAUCCCAAUCUUACAGCAGUUUCUCUUUACAGCAAAGAAUAAAAUUUCUUUUAAAUUCCCAAAGAUGCAUAGAUUAGAAAGCAAGCUGCCUUUUGUAAAACUUCAAACAUUCAAUGAAAUUCUUUAAUAGUAUCUUUUAUACCAAUGGAGCAAUGGAGAAGGUGCUAAAUAGCAGGUAAAAACAGCAACAACUACUUAAAGUCCUGUGACACAAAGAAAUCUACCCAGCACUGUGUAAUGACAUGUAUGGGAAAAAAAAUCUGAGAAGAAAUGGACAUAUAUAACUGAUUUACUUUCCUGUACACCUGAAACUAACACAACUUUGUAAGUCAACUAUAUUCUAAUAAAAAUUAAAAAAAAGGUUAUUCUAAAAUGAAUCUUUUAAAUUACCAGUAAUAGGUGGUUUUAAGUUAAGCACCAAAAGACUGUUACUGUUGUUUAAGGAUUGAUGAUAAUGUAUUGCCAGAACAGUUUUCUUAUCCCUUGGAGAAAAACAUAUUGUAAUCUAUGGCAUGACAUAGAUUAAGGGAUGCAAACCUUUUGAAAAUUCUAACUUUAAAGAUAACUAUUCUGACUUAAAGAAGGAGAUUUAGUACAGGUUCCUAGAGAAAUCUGUGAUGACUGGGUUUCUAAUAACAGUUUAAUACGCCCUAGUGAAGUAACAGGAACACAGUUUAGAGAGACUCUGUCCUUAAAUCUUUAUUGGUUUCAUUGUUUGGCAGACAUGUUACUGUCUAUUCUGCCACAUAGAAUCUGUACAUGUGGGAUAUGACAUUCCACUUCCUGAACUAAGUAAAAUGACUACAGUAAUUCAAUUCUGAAUUCCUUGAAAGUUAACAUUCCAUGUAAACAUUCCUAAAGGUAUAUGGAGUAAAAUCCCACAGCAAAGAUUAACAUGAGUUGAAAUAACUUUAGAAAAAAUAUUUUUCAAUCAUAGAACAUGAAACCUGGAAGGGGCCUGGUAAAAAUCAUCCAGUCUAAUCCUGAAUUCUCUUCUAUUUAGGCCUCUUUCAGAUAUAAUGAAUUUCACUUUUCAUGGUCACAGGUACUUAUAAGGGUUAUUUCAAAGUCAGGAAUCAUCUCAAAAAUUUUAAGCUACCACAAUAAACUGAUCUAUCUUCUUCAUCAAGUAAGAAAAUAAACAGCAAAGCUCCCCCCCCCCCCCACAAUGGGAAAACUUGCUCCUCUAUACUUGCAUCAAGCUUUAGGCAACAAUUAAGUCUAACCAAAACUCAAGGAUAAAACUCUGGCUAUAAGCAAUUUCUUCUAAAAGUUUAAAUAUAAAACACUAAAAAAAGAGAAACCAAACUAUAUUUUCAGGACUAUUUCCACAAAAUGGAAUGGGCUCCUUUGUGGAAAAGAUCCUUUAUGGAUGGUUAAUACCAAUACCAUCCAAAGUUGCCUAGUUAUCUGAAAAUCCUGGAACAUCUGAAAUAUGUACAUAUCACUCUGUUCACCUGCAGGAUUCUAGUUUUAAGAGACCAACCUUAAGCCAUAUAAACUUUAUCAGACAAACCCCAUCCCAAGAUACUGGUAAUUUCCAUACCCUUUCUGAAACUCUGCACCUUUCUAGUAUAGUCGUAGCAGCUUAUUUAUUCAACAUGCUUAGUUUGUGCCUUUUGUUUUUAAACAUGCUUGGGGACUAAUGGAACUAGGAAAGAGGUUAGAGGGUGAGCACUAUUGUGCUCUAUUCCUGACAGUUUGAAUGUCUUGUGGUUGCCCCUGUUUAUCUUCUAGCUCCCAUUUUCAAUGGAAGUAAGAUAAUCUUUAAUUAGAAAAAACUAACAAUCCACACAAUAAAUUCAAGCUACUGGUUUAAGUCUCUAUUGCUUCCUUAUUAAUAAAUGCAUACAUAUAACUACAAGUAACCACAUAACACUGAACAUUUUCAAACAUGCAUUAGAAUAUGAUACUCUAAAAUAAAGAGUUAUGGGCCUGCCACUAUUGCUUACAUCCAGACCCAGUUUUAAUAAACAUGCAGAGUAAACCCCUUGACUCAGAGGAAUUAGGGGGAUAUAACAAGGAUACAUGCAAAGUUUCAACUGAAAAUGUGGGUUAGUAAAGUGAUUGCUUAGAAAGGCAGGCAGGUGCUCCACAUCUACCACAAUGCUGCUUCAGAAUAGAGGUACAAAAGUCACACAAAGGGUUAAAAUUAGGACCACUAUUCAGUUAUAAAAAGCUUCAUUGCAAAUGCUGGUCCUUUUGGAUAGAGUAUGAUGUAAAAAUUUGGGAAAAGAAUACUGAGAGAUGUCCUCCAGAGCAGUAAAUUUUCCUGGCCAUCCACUGAUGGUGAUAGCAUAGAAGAGCAUAUGUGGUAUAGUAUAAAGAUGGUGAAGAGGCUCUUAGGCAGAAUGUUGUUUUUUCUUUUUUUUUUCUCUGAUUCACAUUAAUGAGCAUUACCUGCACAGCUCCCUGGGGAAAAGGAGUUUAUGAAUAGCAAAGCUAAUACAAUGUAAACUCAAAAUCAAUGCCCUGAAGUAUAGCAUAGCCCUCUGCUUCUGAAAACUGUUGGCCAAGAAAUCCUUCCAAAUAUGGUAUAAUUAACAGCCAAACAAUGUUCUGAAUAAACUAGAAGCAAUUUGCUUGCACCAGCAGCACCAUGAGAAUGUAAACUCCUGGAGGCCAAGGGUCUCUUCAUAUUUUGCAUAUCACAGGUACACAAAGGGUAAACAUGAGACCAUAACAUUGAAAAGUAAUCCAACACAUACUCUGAGACUACAAAAACUUGUAGCUCAUUAGAGCAUUUAGAACUAUUAACGUGGCUGUUAAGAGUAACUUUUAAUUGUUCUAAGUAACUAAACUGCUGACAUCACUGUAACAUGCAGUGAUGUCCUCAUGAUCGUGCAGAUGUCUGAAAUAUUGCUUGGUUAUCUCAAUGUCUCUAACACCACCUGAUGGCAUAGGACAUUUAAAGAGGAGCUAUAAUCAAUUUCUCUCUAUCCUUUGGAGUUGCCAUAAAAGAAUUUAAUAUUCAAGAGGCACUAUUUUCUCAGAUCCACUCCACUUGCAGUUUUUUCCCCUGGGAAAACAAGGGAACACAGACCCAGUAUUUUUAGGGAUCUUCAAGGUGCUAAAUAGCCAAGAUGAACACGAGGUAAAAGGGAGUAAGAAGUCACCCUUAUUCUACUAUUAUAUCCUGAUGUGAGAGCUGUGUUUCCUCAGAUUGAGAAACAGUUUGCUGGGUUCUUGUUAAAAUAAGCAGUCAUAGGCCGAAGGCCUCAGCCCUGCUACAUUAGAGAAAGUUUAAAAAAACAACUGUUGUCUUUGGCUAUUCCCUUCAAUACUUUUGCUUUACACCUUUAGAUCCUAAUUCCCUACACUAAUAGGCAUGAGGAAGACAGCUAUCCCAGUUCUUGGGUUUUUUUUUUUUUUUUUUUUUCCUUUUAAAAAUCCUAACUAUAUACACACCCAGGAAACUAAUGGAGAAAGAUGAGGUGACAAAGCAAAGAGUAUGUCAUUUUAUAAAUGCCUGUUGCUAAAUAAACAUCAGAAGCAAAAUCCCUACAUGAUGAGCUUCAGUGGGACUACAUCAGUAGCAGCACAUUUGUUUCCAGGUUAAGCAUUAGAAAAGUUUCAUUCAAUGGCGCUACCCCUCUGCUCUAGGAAACAAAUACGGUUUUAACCUUAACUUACACAAAAGAUGCUAUUUCUCACAUAAUGACAUUUCACACAUUCAUAUUUUUAAGAGAAAGUACCUUUUAUAUACUCUUUACCUAGAACAUCGUUUUCCUUUCAUGGAACUCUGUUGAUCAGAGCCUCACAAACUCAAGCAGUAGUCUACUAUACAAUCUAACGUGACAUGCAAAACUGUUAUUGCUACUAAAAUUCUACCUCUUGAAAAUUAUUAGUUUGUUUUAUGGCUUUUUUUUUUUUCAACAAGAAACAUCCUUUCCUAUAUACUGUGCUAUUUUGCAUUCAUUACCUUUUCAGAGGUAUUUUUCAAAAAUGUUUAAAUGGUUUUCAGAAAUGGAGUCUCCCAGGCACUACACUACUUGAAACCAAGAGUACAAUUACUUUAAGUACACCAUGAGAAUCUAAACCUGGGUCCCUGGAGAUCUGUUGCCCAAGAGUCAAUUUGUUUAAGCCUACUUCUGCACAUGUGACACACCACAUUAAAAAAGUUUUGCAUAAAUGAUUCACUUUGCUGUAACCUGAAGCUAACAUGACAUUUAAGUCAACUAUACUCCAAUAAAAUAAUUUAAAAAAAGUUUUGCCUUUCCUAUCAUACUAACUGUAGAAUCUAUGUCAAUAAAUUCUAGACUCUCCUAAUACUGAAAUUUAAAAAUCACCCUAGAAAACUACUGUUUCAGAGUUCUCAAGAAAGCUUUUUAGAGGUAGGAAUAUCUUUGCUUUCAGAACAAAACAACUUUUAUUUCUACAAGGAAAGUAGAAAAAUGUGAAAGCUAUCUGAGGCAAUUUACUAUAACCAAGCAGAGUUAGUUAAUACACAGCAAUCUAGGCAGGCUCCAUUUAACAAUGUUUCUGAUUCUCAUGAAAAGGUCUGGAAUCGCAACAGUACACAAUUCAGCAGAUUUAGAAACAGGAAAUGCCUGUGAAAAAUUAAUCUAAGACACUGACCAGAGUUCUUCCAUUAACACAUAGCACACCGCAGACAGGAAACAUAAAUGGUCUGCAGAUUAGAAAAGCACUCGAGCAAUUAACACAGCAUCUCAGUAAGACAUGCAAAAUAUAAUCUGAUGCAAAAGGAAUGGGAACAUAAUAAACCUAGAAGACAACGUGAAAACAAUGCCAGAACAAUCUGACUUCAAACUCAGAGAGCAGAGUCAUGAAAUGGGGCCUCAUUUUGAAUUAAGGUUUUGUAAGACAUAAAGGCAGCUGGUUUCCAGCUACUCAUAAAAAGCUCAAAUAUCCUCAAAGACAGUAUUUCACAUUGUGACCCCACAUUUCUAUUCAUAAAUGAGUCUUUUUGGCCUUAAGCUCUUUUCCCCAGGGAGAAUAUCACAGAUUCAGAUAUUUAUGAGAAAAGAAAAGAUCUAGAUUUUCCACUCUUUUUACACUAUUAGUUAUUAUCAAUAAUUCAUCCUGAAGUUUAAAUUAUUACUAGGCUCAUGCACUAACCCCUAACAUGGCACUACAAUAUGCUACCAAGCACUAAUGCUUACAAAACUAUACACAUCUCAAAAUGGAAGACAUUGGUGAUUUUGUUGUUCUUAAACAACUUGUAACAUUUGUCCACAAGUAUUAAAAUAUACAUAUAUAUAUUUCUAUUGCACAUAUCCCGUUUUUGUUCAACUUUUUAAAAGAAAACUGCCAGCUAACAUGGAUGAGUAAAGGAAGUAGGCACAGCUAUAGACUGAGGCACAGUCCUGCCUAAAAUUAUAGCUUUGCCAUCAAGAAGGGAACCAAAAAUAGACCAGAAAAAAACAAUGUAGAUGUAAGCAAACGCUAGGUAAGCACAACUGGAAUAUACCCAUUGCGCUAAAUGCCAUCUGGUGAAAAUCAUAGAAAAUGCAGAAACAACUUGAAAGAGAGCAUUAAACAGUCAUUCUCUUAACUGUGAAACAAAAAUAUAUAAAGCAACUGGAGAAGCUGAGUCUGGUACAUACAUAUAUUCAAACAAGUAGAGACGGUUUCACUGUUGCUAAUAGUACAGGGACUCUAUCUCCUGCCAAAAAGUUGCCCCCAAACAUGGGUAAGAUGGAUAACAGACAACUGUAAAGAUGCAAAUUCUCCAUGGUAAUAUAUAUGACAAGCUCAACACAGCAAUGGAAUUCAUGUGUGGAGGUUUCCAUUGUCUUUAAUGAUUCUAAAAUACUGAAAGAAAACAUCAGGAAAUGGCUGAGAAGUUACUUACAGAAAAAUUUAAGUUACCUUUAUCCAAAAUUACUUCUACUGUGCUUUACUACUCAAUAAUUGCCCUCAAUUAAAGGAAAUUAGGCUUUAUCUGUAUUAUUUAUUUUACUAAAACGCUUUCUUAAUGCCAAUUCAAGUUGGUUGACCAACUUAACUAAUCAUUAAGAGUGCUCAGUAUUUCACAUUUUUGGCUAUUUCUACUACCCUCAAAUUCUGGUAAAUCUUCCCCAAGAUUUCAGCAGCACAGCAUGUAUGGCCCUGGGGGCGUUCCCUCUAUUACAAAGAUGAUCUGAGAUGACUUGUUCGUAAUUUCUUCUAAGUAGCUUUAAAUUCUUUCUCUACUCACAAGGACUUAUAAUUUAAGGUGUCAUUCUUCUUAUGUAAAAACCUGGCCAAUCAUACAACGGUCCUUUGUUGAUGUGGAAGCAAGGACAGCUUUACGCGAUAGUCCAUUCAUCAGAUAGUAUGUUUCAACAGAGAGGAAACUAUUAUUUAUUAGAACUAUUUUUCUUGUUUAAGUGUUUUUUUUCAUACCCUGAUUUUCUUCUAAAUUUACACUGACCCUCCUAACAUUUCUUCUGAGGCCCAUUAGAAAGUUCAUUUCCAACUAGGGAAAGUUACCUGAGUCCCAGCCUUUUCAGCCGAACAUUACACCUAUUUGCCUAGAAAAAAAUAAAUCAAACACCCAAGAACCUAUCCCGGGUCAAAGGAAAGAAGUCAUUUAUGCUUUUACAGAAAACAGAGCUGUAGAAUGUGAAGUGCCAUAAAGUGAGAUGGAGCUGCAUAAAGCAUUUUCACUUUUUUUCCUUAGGAGAAAGAAAUAGUAUGAAGACUGUCAUCAUUUUUUCUGCCACUCCUCUAGGUCCAAAGUUGAAGGCAGGUCAUACUGUAGGGUCCAUCACAUCUUCUGAACAGAAAAACCACUUAUGCCACUUUUCUUCCAGCCUCAGCAGCAUGUAAAACCAAGUCUCAAGUGCUAUAUAAUGUCCAAAAAGUGAAUGAAGUAAUCUGCAAUACAGUAGUCUCUCAUCCUAGGAAGGUGAAGAGGGUUCCAUCACUGGACUCAAAACUGUUUUGUUUCCUUUUACCAACCUUUCACUAAACGCAAGCAGGCAUUCAAUAGGGUUACCAUCUAAACAUUGUGGUCUUUCCUUAGCAGAAUGGAAAAAAAAAAUUUAAAAAUACCAAGUAUCCAAAGACUUCUAAGAAAGAAGUCAGCACAGCUUCCUUCUUUAGGAGAAAAUCCCUCUUAUCAGCCAAAAAUGUGGAUUUACACGUGUAAAAAUGUGUAUUUAUAGUUGAGAUGGUCUAUUCACAUAUGAAAUUAACCUUGUGAUAUCUUGUCUUUAUGUUUCUUUAUGACAUCAAAGGUUUUAUUGCGAAAUUGGACCUUUGUUCUUAUCUAGUAAAUCCAUGUCAGAGGAUGAGCCAGGAUUUAGAUAUGUGUAAUUUUUAAAGCAUCUCAUUUCAAAUUAGAACGCAUAAUUUGGAAUCUACUGCUGCAGUCUCAACUAUGCGUACGUAUCAUGAUGGUGACAAAAACUGGAAGACAUUAAAAAAAAAAAA